GUUGAUUUCUAAGCCAGGAUCGACAGUUUGCAACGAACUUGGGCCGGUGCAAAGGAAAAAAGCAAGAACACUUCAGCAUCCAGCUGCUGAAAAAAAAGAGGGUAGCGUCGCUCCUCCAAGACCCGAAAGGGUUAACGUUCAAGUCCUUUAUUCAUCUGGCCUGAUCAAAGGGAAGAUGGCUGAGGAGAAAAUGGACCACAUCUGGAGCUGAGAUGAACUAUUUACUAAGUGGCUUGGGUUCAACUUCGGGAAGUAGCAAGCCUGCUUGGAUUUCGUCUGACCUGUAGGAACUGGUUCAGGGAAGUGACAGCGGUGGUUGAGAGUGGUAUUCCUACUUGUUCUUCCUGCCCCAGUAUCUUACUGUGGAUAACAAGUCGAUUUCAAACCUUUUGAGGAUUAGACUGGGGGGCAGCCACUGCCUUUCUGUAACCACCAUGAACCUGGGCUGCCUGAGUUACCUGGUGCUGACAGCAAGUACUCUAUACACAACCGUGCUUAAUCAGCCCACCAGCAGGGAGCACGAUCUGAUUCCGAGGAUUGUCUUUACUCACAAUGACACAGAGAGAGUUGUCAAACUCUUCUACAGGGAUGGAGUGCACAACUAUACGAAGCUGCUGCUGGGCGCUGAGGGACAAGCUCUCUACAUUGGUGCAAGGGAUGCUAUUUUCUCCUUGGAUGUUUCGGAUAUUGCUCCCAACAAAUUCAAAAAUGAGGUGAUUUGGGAAGCCCCACAGCAGAAGAGGAAGGAAUGUCACUUUAAGGGGAAGAGCCUAUCAACCGACUGCUUCAAUUACAUCAAGAUCCUCCUGCAGCUGAAUAGCACUCACGUAUAUGUUUGUGGGACUUAUGCUUUCAGUCCGACUUGUGCCUACGUUCAAAUUGCAGACUUCUCUCUUGCAAAAGGUCCCAAUGGUAAUCUUCUAACUGAGGAUGGAAAAGGCCAAUGUCCGUUUGAUCCGACCUAUAAGUCGACUGCAAUUAUGGUUGAGGAGGAAUUAUAUGCAGGAACUGUCAGCAAUUUUCAAGGCAAUGAACCAAUCAUUUCCAGAAGUCUGGGAAAUAAACCACCCUUAAAAACAGAGAAUUCUCUGAAUUGGCUUCAGGAUCCAGCAUUUGUGGGUUCAGAGUUUAUCCAGGAGAAUCCCGGGAGAGAUGAUGGAAAAGUCUAUUUCUUCUUCAGUGAAACUGGCAAAGAAUUUGACUUUUUUGAUAAUACAAUUGUUUCACGGAUAGCCCGAAUCUGUAAGGGGGAUAUAGGAGGAGAGCGUGUGCUCCAGAAAAGGUGGACAACAUUCCUUAAAGCCCAGCUGUCCUGCUCACUUCCAGAUGAUGGAUUCCCAUUUAAUGUUAUUCAGGAUAUGUUUGUUCUGUCUCCGGGAAAAGAAUAUUGGAAAAACAUAACCUUCUAUGGAGUAUUUACUUCCCAGUGGUAUAAAGGUGGUGCAGCCUCUUCUGCUGUUUGUGCUUUUUCCAUGGCUGAUGUCAUGAGAGCCUUCGCUGGAAGGUACAUGGAGGUGAACCGGGAAACACAGCAGUGGUAUCCUUACAACCAGAAUCCCCCAGAGCCAAGACCAGGUGCUUGCAUUACAGACAGUGUCAGAGCCAUGAACAUAACUUCUUCAUUCCAAAUGCCAGACAAAGUAUUGAAUUUUGCAAAGGACCAUUUCCUGAUGGAAGAGAGCGUCAAGAGCCAACCCGUUCUGAUGAAGAAGCAUGUAAAGUACACCCAGCUCGCUGUGGACAGAGUCCAAACCAUCCAUGGGCAGUAUGAUGUUCUGUUUGUGGGUACAGAUACUGGAAUAUUGCACAAAGCCAUAAAUGUGAAUCAUAAGGUACACAUUAUUGAGGAAAUUACUCUGUUUGCUGAUCCACAACCAGUGCAGAACCUGAUUCUGGAUUCAAAGCAGGGCAUGUUAUAUGCAUCUUCAUACUCAGGAGUGGUUCAGCUGUCUGUCUCCAAUUGCACCAUUUACCAGAGCUGUGGAGAGUGUAUCCUGGCCAGGGACCCUUACUGUGCCUGGGACAGGAACAGGUGCAGAGACAUACGAGGACUGCAGAUGGACCCACUUUGGAAGCAAGACAUUGAGAACGGCAGGCCAGGACAACACUGCUGGCAGCCAAAUGAUUCAUUAUUGGAACCCAGGGCUUUGCGACCACAUCGUACUGCCCCCUGUGAGCCCGUCACUGUGCCAGCCAAUAGUUUUAAGGUGCUACCGUGCAACGUGCAGUCAAACUUUGCUACAAGGAAGUGGGUGCACAACGGGGCAGUGGCAGAUGCUGCAUUCAUGGUGCUUCCUGAUGGUGGGAUUAUUGCCACAGCAGAACCUCUGGGUGUAUUCGAGUGUUGGGCCAUUGAAGAAGACUUCUGGCUGCUGGUUGCAAACUACUGCGUGAGGUUGGAUCUUUCUUCUGAAGCCACGACCUUGCAUGCAUCCAGAAAGUCUAUUGCAGUGUUGAGUAGAGGGUCUGGAUUGCAGGACAAAGGGAUUGUGAUAAACCCUCUCAGCAGUGAGAGCCGGUUUUCACAACACACCAAUGGGAAGAACUACUGGAUGGAGUUUGUAACUGUAAGCGUGGUCUUCGGAUUAACGGUUGCUGUCUCAUCUCUGGUCUUUUUGUACCGGAACAGAGACAGAAUGAAGUCACUAAUUAAGGAUGGCGAGUGUUCAAAUAUACCACAGAAGAAACAAAGGAAGAUCGAGAUCCAGCACGAAAGUCUCCCGUUAAAUGGAAACCCAGUUCAAGUAGCAGCGUCUGAGCAUCACAAAGGUUACCAAAGCCUGAAUGACAAACAUAUCUGCAGUACCCCAGUGCUGGAAAACACUCUCAGUGCCAAGGACUCUGGGUAUACCCAGUCCCCAAACAACCAAACCAACCAAAAAAACUUGUACGUGGAGAUUUCAGCGCAUUGCCUGCAGCCCCGGGUACGGAUCGGCCCUGAAAUCAAAGACUCGGUGGUGUGAAACAUCAGAGGGCAGAGCGAGGUAGCACCCGUGCCAAUGUGGCCUUGGGAAAAGGGACCAACCACACAGAAUUGGAAAGCGUAAGGCUUGGCAGCUCAAAAGACAGAAACAUUUGUACUGUGCCAUUUAGUCUACCCCUUCAGUAUGUAAACCACAUGCAUGGAUGGUUAUUGGUGUGUCAAUCACGCUUUAGUAAACACGUGUGUCUGUCAUCAUCAGCCAAACCGCAUGGAGCAGUGCAUGAAUGACAACUUUCCCCCAUUUGUUUGCAAGUUUGGGCUCAAGAAUCAUGACUUUGACUUUUUAUUUUGGUGAGGUGGAGAGUGAUCGUAAGACUUCUCUGAGUGGAAAUUAAGCGAUGCCCUGUGCCAAGUAAACUGGAGCAUGCAUUCAGAGAUAAUAACAGGAGUUGCUGGAAGUGGCUCUGCUACCUGUCGUUGAUUGUAUGUGACAUAACCAAACACCACAUAAAGCAUUAUGUCAUUUUACUGCAGUUAUUGGGCACUAUAUUUACUGUUUCAUCCAGUGUAUCCUCUGACAUCCUUGUGAAUGCAGGAAGCCCGCUCGUAACCCUGUCCCUUUAUGUGAAAUAGACAGACUGAUGACUUAUUACAAAUGGAUAUCAUCAUGUAGCAUACAGAACCAGAAUACAUUUCUCCAUUUCCAUAACAAUUAUAAUAUAUCUUUGCAGGUGGAGGAAAAAGUUGUGAAAAAUAAUAAUGUGGUUUCAAGAAAAAGGUCAAUUGAAAAUUGUACUAGUGAUUCCUUUGUAAUCUGACAGAAUUUUUUAUAUAUUGUUGAAAAAGGAACUGAGAUAAAGGACUAGUUAUAAUGUAUGUUCUUACUUUUGUAGGCAAUUACAACAGUUGGUUGGGCACACGUGUAUUUGGCUAAGUAAGCUCUGGUAUUUGGACAGUAUGUCCAUGGGUCAUGGGAUAUGUAUUAAGUUUACAUACCUUAUUGAAUGGAUAACUAACAAUCUUGCCUGACAACAUCUUGGCUUCUUAGUUAAACUGGUAAAAUUAUAGUGGUUCACGAAUUUGAAGAAUUUUAAUCUGUCCAUUGUGUAGAAAAGACAAAUGUAACAAUGUGUCCUUGGACUGAGGAUACAUUGGGAAGGUUCUAUGGCUGCAAGUGUCAGUUUGCAUCCUUUACAGGACCUUGAAUGUAUUAAAAUGUCCAAAAACAUUUCAGAAUGAAGAAGUUUAGCAACAGAGAGGGAAGUGGCAGUCGAAGACUUGUUUAACUAGGUAGGCACUUCAUGCAUGGUGGACGAUGAGCAUGAGACUACUUCCUUAGAUGUAGCAGUCAGUAUCAAUGUUUAUGUGGUUAAAGAUAGAGCUGGGAAAGAUUCUGUGGAAGGCAGAAAUUUAAAACUUUCCUACUACCUAGAGACCAGAGGUGCUUCCUUUUUAGAUAGUUGAGCAUGUAGCCCUGAUGAAAUACGAAAGUUGGAUCUUAAGGCACUUUGUUAAGGUCCUAACCUUUCAUUGGCUAAGGUUGUUGCCUUGAGAUUGGCCUUCAGGCAUCUUUUGGGUGCUAAGUGGGUGCUUAAACUAAAUCAGAGGCUGCAAAGAAAAGGUGAAAAUGGGACAUCCUUGUUUUAAGAAAUCGUCAUCAUUGUGGUUUACUCCCUUUGAAGAACAUUGAAGCCCCUUUGCACAUUGCAGUGACUACAUCCCAACAGGCAACCUCUGUACUGUUGAAGUGGGUCAGCAUUUUUGAAAAGAACUCUCCAUGAACAGGGAUGGGAAGGGACAAUGGAAGACAGGGAACAAGAGGGGUUGCAAGGGAGUAAAAAGGGGUGAACAUACAUAGGUCUCUCCAGGGAAAUUCCUCCCCCCCCCACAAUCUAUGAAGUUAUGAAGUGGGCCCUCAGAGAUACUGAGUGGUCCUCAACCCUUUCUGUCAGCUUUGGGUUUGGGCCACAGGUUGAGGGGUUAAUGACCUGCAGUUAACAAUUCACAGAGCUCUCGACCUGAACAAAGUUAUAGGGGGUGCUUUUUACAUUGAAAAUCAUUGAUGAAUAUUAAUUUCUCGUAUUCAGUGUAAUGUAGUUCUCACUUCAGUGUGCAAAAAUCACAAAGGUUAUAAGUUGUGAUCUUUUGAUCUACUUUCUGACCUCAAGUAAACAAAAUGUGCUUUGAUGAAGUAAUUAUGUACAGGAAAUAUGACCGGGACACAAAACCUGUGUUAGAGUGAGUAACGUAAAAUUUCUAGGCAGCAGUCUUAGCCAAUGAAAUAUCAAUGCCUGGGCAAAGUUCCAGUUUCCCAUUGGAUGGGACUUCAACAGAAAGUGAGCCCAAACACUUCAACAUAAGUGCAAGGUUGCGCAUAAUUUACGUAUUAAAACAUGAGCAUUUGGGUCCAAUUUUUAGGUACGUCAUUGAAUACAUAAUGAAAAACCCCAAUUUCCUUAUAUUUCCUUUUAGAACAAACCUUAGAUGAGAUUCAAGUUUCUGUUUCUCAGCAGCAUAGAAUAUAAAUACAGGUCAUAGAGUCAUAGAGCACAGAAACAGGCCCUUCGGCGCAUCAAAUCAGCACUGACCAUCAAGCACCCAUUCACACCAAUUCCAUUUCAUUCUCCCCAUGUUCCCAUUAACUUCCCCCAGAUUCCACCACUAACAUCGCACUCGCCUGCGCACAAAAAGCAAUUAUCAAUGGCUAUUUAACCUACCAACUUGCAUGUCUUUGGCAUGUGGGAAGAAACUAGAAUAAUCAGAGGAAAUCCAACCAGUCACAGGGAGAACAUGUGACCUCCACACAGUCAGCACUGGAGCUAUUAAACACUGCCCUCUAUAUGAUAGGUUUUUACAAGUACAAUUGUUUCUGUCAGGGAGGUAUGUGCAAGUAUCUGGUGGGCUUCUCUGAAGUAAUCCCAUGAAAAGAUAAUCAACGACCUACAAUUCUCUAGCUUUCAUUCUCUUUCCUGACUUAACACCUGGAUUCGCAAUUUCUUUCCACUUUCUUCUUAAUGAACCUGAUUUUUCAUGCAAGUGUUUUCACAGUUCACAUAUUCCAGCAAGGAUGCAUAAAUAAUAACAUAACCAGCGAUGUAAGUGUGAAAAGAUGGUUUGAAAAAUAUGUCUGAGUAUAAAUAUGUUUUCAUUUUACCCAACUGUUCAAAUUGAUGGGAAAUCUUUAAUGUGCAAAGCCAGACUUUAGUGCAAGUGCAGUGGAUGGUCCUGUAUGUAAAGGAACUCUCCUUUUAUGGAUCAACAUGCUUAAAACUGUGGCAUGCAGCCUGUUGCUUGCUCAUUGUUAUCCAGAAGAUCUGAUAACAUGUUAUCUGAUCUAAAAUAUCAUGUAACUUUCCAUAGAAUUUACAACACAGAAACAUAGGGAUGGGAAUAGACCAUUCAGCCUCUCAAGUCUGUUCUGUUAGUCAGCUAGACCCUGGACGAUAUGUAUCUUCAUUGCCUCUAUUUGCUUUGGUCAACAGGUCCACACCAGCAGGUUAUUACUCUGCACAAGCCUUCCAUCACUCAACUCUCUGCCUCCCUAUCAGCAUUUCCUUCUAAUCCUUUCCUCCUACCACUUCUUCCCUUGAUUUCCCCCGAUGCCAUUAUUUUCAGGUUUCCCAUCCUCCUCUUUUUCCCCUUCCCACAACCACUCCAGCUGUCCCUGAUAAUUGAAUAUUUCAAACUUGGUUGCCGCUGACUUCCAGGAUGAAAAGCUGUCUCAUCAUUUCCUCCCAAAGAGCAACUUGAAAAUGUGACAAGCACAUCAAAAAGGCAUUUGAGUUUUAACUGACAGAUUAUAUUACCACUAUGGCACAAACUUCCACUUGAGAACUAAGCCUAUUCUUAAAUGAUCUGAGUACCUUUUAACUCGGUGUGCAUGCGGUGUUCCAUUUUACUGCUUUUUGUAGUGAAUAUUUGAGGAAAUAAUUUUUUAAACAAAUGUAAUAACAUUAUCAGUUGCUAAUUAAAAUAUAAUUUUAUGAGAGAACUCAAGCAAAGUUUUACAAAGGUACACUUGUAAUAAUUCUUAAAAUUUAUGCUAUAACACUCUGUAUAUUAAUCAGUUAAACACAAACCACCAAUCUCCAACUGGUAACUGUUGUUUUCCGACUUCCUAUGCACUAUGUAUAAAAUCUUUCUGUUGGGUACCAGUGGCUGCACAUUGCCAUUUAAGUUUGGGCUUUUUGCACACAUGCUUGUAAAUAUUGUAUUGAUUGUGUUUGUGUAUUUUCUGUAAAUUGUGAUAAAGGUGUUGCCCAUUAUCCCUCCACCUUUACAGACAGAAUUCUUAAACUGUUAAGUGUUUUGUUACAAAUGUUUAUUUGCCUUUUGUAAAUUGCUGUAGUAGUGUAAUAAUUCCAACAGAAAAUUGUCUUAGCAUUUGGCAUUUUCAUUGUGUUAGGUGUAGGCUUGGCAGUCUUAAUUAAUGAAAGCUGAUGAAAGUAAUCUAAAUAGCUCUCUGCUCUUGUGUGUCUGUUUUUAUAAUCAAAUGCUAUCAGAAAGCAAUGACCAAACAUAAAAUGUCUUUUCAGAUGUUAUUUUUCUGAAGUUUUCUACAGUUGGCCUGAAAAUAUCAUUGUCCUUUAUACUUGUGAAGGCUGCAGUGGCUAAUUUUAAAUUGAAAAACAUUUUUAGUAUUGAGUGCUACUAUGUGAAUGUUACGAUGGUAUAUGUUACUCAUGGUUUAAGAAGGAAAAUAAUUUGUUUGGAUUGCUGAGGAUAAAGUUAGAGACAAAUCAGAUUGAUUAAGAAUGCUAAAGAACAUUGAGAUGGAAGAUGUUCCAAAGCAUUCUAAGUGUGCAACCCUCAACAAUUACCCUUAAUAGGUAAGGAUACUUCAAAAAUAAUCCACUGGUCAUAAAGCACUUUGAGAUCUCCUGUGGACUUUAUAAGGCAGUGCAUAAUUGCAGCUUCUUAAAAAAACAUUUAUUUUAGUAUGUUUUAUGAUAUACCAAAGUUACUUAUUAUUAAUAAUAAUGUGACCGAUUUGUACAGGUUCACAACCUUUGAUGCAGAUGAUUAAUGCAUUCUAAUUAUUGAACAAUAUUAACAUUGACUGAUAUAAUUAUUUUAAUAGAAAGCACCCAACUAGGCCAUGGGCUGGUGAGAAUAGUGGGAUUUAGGUCAGUGCUUAAACAUGGAUUAUGUGUGGAUCUAGAACCUUCUGAAUGAAUCGUCUUAUUGUUUGUAAAAUGGAAAUAUAAAUAAAUAGAUGAGGGGAGGAAUUUGUUAUUUUAAAGUAUCUGAUGCAAAUGACAGUCUACACUUUUGGAGUCUAUAUCAAAAAAUACCGUCAGAGACUGCCAAGCCUUCUAGAUAGCACUAAAGCAACAAUUGUGCUUGUUUAGUGUUUUGUAUGUUAAUCUUGUAAUUGUAUUGUAUUAUUAAAAAGGCACUUUAUUUCCUUUUGUUUGUAAUAAAACAAUAAAAAUGCUG